AUGACGACGUCGUCUCUGUCGUCGGCGCUGAGCUCGAUGGAGGUGAUGCUGGACGCGCUCAUGCAGAGAGGGAUCGGGAAGCCGGACGACAAGCCCAAGGAGGACACAGCGCCGCCGGCGCUGCCCACGCGCCCCACCGUGAGAGGCCGGCCUCCCUCCGUGCAUAGGCCGGGUUCCCCGGCACCAUGGCAUAAUCGGCCACCCUUGGCCCCGAUUCCUCCGCCGCCCCAGGAAGAAGAAGAAGAACGGGAGAAGGAGAAAUGCACAAUCAAUUUGGAGCUGGAAAUGCGGGCUAUUAAGGCGGAGGAAGAUGUGAAGCAGAGGGACGACGACGUGAGACACAAGGACGAGGAGAUCUCCGGGCUGAGGCAGCAGGUGGAGCACUACGAGUCGCGGCUCUCGGAGUGCGAGGCCAAGAUGAGGGCCGUGGAGGAGGAGCUGCAGAGGCAGAUCGCCGCCCUGCAGCAGCAGGUGGAGGCACGCUCGUUGCAGAUGUCUCACAGCGUUGCGGUUGCGGGUAGACCGUCGACGAGCUGCCAUCACCGCCGGGAACUAUCCAGCGUCGGUAUCACGCGGGCUCCGCAACCUCCGGUCGCAACGGCUGCAGAGGAGCCGUCAUCGGCGCAGCGCCAUGAACAUCAUGCCGACGCUAGCGCGAAGAAGAACCACCCGGAGAACCUCACGGAGGAGUUCGUGCGGGAGAAGCAGGCGUUCGAGCACGCGGCGAAGGCGGUGGCCGAGGUGAAGCCGGGCACCAUGUCCGUCGACGAGCUCAGGAUGCUGAAGCGGCAGUUCGUCGCCUGGAGGAAGGAGUACGCGACCCGGCUGCGCAAGGCCAAGGCGGAGCUCAGGAAGCGCGUGCACUCGGAGAAGAGCCACGGCCACGGCCACGGCCACGACCAAGCUGCUGGCCACGGCGGCAACCAGCGGCGCCGGUGGUGCGGCUGGUGGAGGACGAUCAAGAUGCCCAAGUUCAGGGCCCCGAAGAGGUGCUGCACUUGCUCCAUCAAGUUCCCGAGCCCUUCGUCCUGCUGUUCCUGCUUUUCUUGCUGCUUUCGGCGCCACCGAUAG